AUGCUAAAGACCAAAGACAAAAGAUUAACAGAAAAAUACUUACCAAAGCGAAGGUAUACGAAAAAGGAUCGACCCCAAAAGUUCAGAUCUAGCACGUCCAGUGAUAUUGAACGAAACUCGGUAAGGUCCAAUAGAUCAUCAAAAUUUCGGCAAUCGUUAGUUCCGGGCAGGAAAAUUAACCUUAAGAAAUUCUACUACUACAUCAAGAACUCCAUGCCGGAUCGGAAGAUAUACAAACAGAUGAAGUCGAAGGAUACGAUUCCCUACAUGACUAGCGAUCAAAGUAUUUUCUACAACACUUCAGCUAGUCGAGUCGGAUCGGAAAAAAAACAGCGAACUGGUGGAUCGGUAGUCAGCUUGUCGGAUAUGGCCCGACACAUGUUGUUGCAGCGGAAGAUGGAGGAAAAAGUGGAGUCGGACUCAAGUGAUAUGGACGAAAACUUGUUUGACCCUAUUCCAGAGGGAUACGAAACACCAAAUGGCACAACUAUAUCGAUAAACGAGAUUAUAGCUAGAAUUGCAAAUGCGGAUAGGACCAAAAAUAAAAAGCACAAGUCCAAAUCAAAUGAAAUCAUGGAAGGAGUUGACCGACGUAGCCUGUUGACCAUAAAGUCGGUCGGAAAGGAGAUAAAGAGUCGGGAAAACGAAGCUUUAAUGGAUCAGAGUCUGCGAGAUCAAUGGCAACAUGAGUUGUGCAUGCAGGAACGGUCUCGUGUUCAGGCACUCAUUCAAGAACUGAUGAAGGAUGUGAUUAUCCGCGAGGACUUUCGACCCCCGAAACCACCAAGAGAUUUCGUUAUGGAAAACAUUCAAAAUGUUGGGAAUAUGAAAGCAUCGAAGAAAUUAUUGGCGGAGGAAAAGGUUAAACCACGAUUGGCGUACCCUACCUUGAAUGAAAUAUUGGCAGUUCCCGAGGACCCUUUGGUCUCCGAAGAGACUUACAACAAGUUCUUCCAGAAGUUGCCCGGCGACUUAUCCUCCUUGCGAUUGCAAACUCCGAAACCCAUAAAAAUACGUCGCUAUUCCGAAGGAUUACGGAAGAGACAACCGCAGAAUGACGAAUCUAUAUUUGAUAAAACCGAGUUAGAGAACCACCAUAUUAAGUUAGAUGAAAGGAGUAAAUGUGACUGCUAUCUCUGCAGUUUGCUUUCGAAAGACAAAAAAGAAGAAGACGCUGAUUUCAUACAGAAAGCAAAAAUCCAAAAUCAUCGAUGUGAGCUACGUUCUUAUUACCAAAGAAUAUGUAAAAGGAAACUUGAGCAGGAGAUAUUUUGCUAACAUUCUUAUCUUAAGAGCUUAAAACUAAUGUUUGGAACAUA